UCGGUGUGUGCGGUCGUGUCGGAGGUCCUGUGGGAUGUGAGGCGCUCCGGUGGAUCUCACAGCUUCUGCAGCGAGGUGAUGUGACUUCUGUGGUCGGCGUGGACGCUGUAUCAGCCGGAAGAGCUCUGCUGUACUUAUCCGAGGUGAUAUAUCUGCCUUUGGAUGAUUUUGUCCCACUCUGCUCCAACUGACCGGCUUGUGUGGACUGUUUUUCGUGAUUUCGGAUUUCGUGACUCCUCGCAGCUCUUUCGCGGAUGCACUGGAGGUGGACGUAAAUUCUUUUGCAUGAUUCAUUGAUGAACACUGCAGAGUGAGCCAUAACGUUUCAAGGACGGAAACCCACAGGCAUCACGCUUACCGGCAACUGUGGAAACGAACCGAGUGGCUCGCCAAUCUUACUCGUGAACGAGUCGCUGCUCUGAACCGAUUCUUUACUGAAACUCGAUCGAACCGAUUCACAAAUUGAACCCAAUCGAACCUUUCUCUGCAGCACCUGCCUAAUGUUUACGCCUGUCUCUAUAGGCUGAAGACUUCUAAUAACAUUCACAAACACAAUAUAGCCUUAUAAAAUAAUAGCAUAAAAUACUAUAUUGUGAUAUUCAGAACAGCCUGUUUGAGUUCGCUUACAUAUUCUCUCUUUGGAUUGUGACCAGCUUAUUAUUAUUAUUAAUUAAUUAAUUUUACAGCUUGUGUGUUCCAAGUGAAGGACUCUGAUUCAUCUGCUGAAUCGACUCAGUGCAGGUUGCUAUAUACUGAAGAAAUGGGAAUACAGUUGACUCGUGAAUCAAUGAAUCGCAUGUUCGAUUAAUUGAAAGACUCGUUUCGGUGAACUGAGCCAAACUUCCCAUCACACUGCGAGCUACUUUAAGAGCAAAUAAACUGUCAUGUCGUUGAGCAGAAGUAUAGAGUGGGAGCAUUUCGAGGAGCGCGAGAAGACGCGGCGGCCGUCGCGGGGCAGUGGGGGGUCCCAGGCCGGGGCACGCGGAAACGGAUCUGUGCCGAGUCCCGCGCACAGCGCGCACUGCAGCUUCUACCGCACGCGCACCUUGCAGUCGCUCACGACGGAGAAGAAAGCGAGGAAAGUCCGCUUCUACCGAAAUGGGGACCGCUACUUCAAGGGCCUGGUGUACGCGGUGUCCAGCGACCGGUUCCGCUCUCUGGACGCGCUGCUCAUGGAGCUCACGCGCUCACUGUCGGACAACGUGAACUUGCCGCAGGGAGUCCGGUGCAUUUACUCUAUAGACGGGACCAAGAAGGUGACCAGCUUAGAGGACCUACUGGAAGGUGAAAGUUAUGUGUGUGCUUCUAAUGAGCCCUUCCGUAAAGUGGACUACACUAAGAAUGUGAACCCAAACUGGUCAGUGAACGUGAAGGCGGGCACCUCGCGCUCUCUCUCAUCUCUGCCCACACUGAAGAACGAGCUGCGAGAGAGGGAGAACAAAGACUUCAUCAAGCCCAAGCUGGUGACGGUCAUUCGCAGUGGGGUCAAACCACGCAAGGCCGUUCGAGUCCUCCUGAACAAGAAGACAGCACAUUCCUUCGAGCAAGUGCUGACCGACAUCACAGACGCCAUCAAGCUGGACUCCGGUGUGGUCAAGAGACUGUACACUCUAGAGGGAAAGCAGAUCACAUGUCUGCAGGAUUUCUUCGGUGAGGACGAUGUGUUCAUCGCAUGCGGACCGGAGAAGUACCGCUAUGCACAGGAUGAUUUUGUGUUGGAUCACAGCGGUAAGGCUUCAGAAGCCUUUCUGACUGAAUGCCAUGUGCUGAAGUCCUCCUAUGCUUCUCGUUCCACUACUCCAGUGAGAUCCAGUGGCAGUAAGAGUCCAGGAACAACACGUCGCAACAAAUCACCCGGGACAGUCAGGAGAACUGCUGGACACUUUUCCACUAGCAGUCAGUCUCCAGUCAAAUCUCCAGUAAAUGGAAUUCCCAGCACCGGUUCAAUCUCCACCCCCAAAUCCGCCAAGUCCUCCAGCUCCUCCCCCACCAGCCCCCACAGCAUGCGCAACUUCAAGAUUCCUCCUCAUCACUCUUCUGCCUCUAAUGUGAACGGCUCCACAGAGCAGCCUCAGCAACACAUGAAUAACAGCAGCCCUGAAGUUAAUGGCAAUAAAAACCUGACGGGCUCCAGUGUUUUGGACAAGUACAAAGUUGGAAAGGUUAUCGGUGAUGGAAACUUUGCAGUGGUAAAGGAAUGUGUAGAACGGUCAACAGGAAAGGAGUUUGCCUUAAAGAUCAUCGACAAGAACAAAUGUCGUGGCAAAGAGCACCUGAUUGAGAACGAGGUGGCCGUGCUGAGGCGUGUCAAGCACCCGAACAUCAUCAUGCUGAUCGAGGAAGUGGACACACCAUCUGAGCUCUGUCUGGUCAUGGAGUUAGUCAAGGGUGGAGACUUGUUUGAUGCCAUCACAUCCUCUACAAAGUACACAGAGAGAGACGCCAGUGCCAUGGUGUACAACCUGGCAGCAGCUCUCAAAUACCUGCACAGGAUGAGCAUCGUGCACAGAGACAUCAAACCUGAAAACCUACUGGUGUGUGAGUAUCCUGAUGGCACCAAAUCUCUGAAGCUAGGUGAUUUUGGUUUGGCCACAGUGGUGGAGGGGCCACUCCACACUGUGUGUGGAACCCCCACUUACGUCGCUCCGGAGAUUAUUGCAGAGUCAGGUUAUGGCCUGAAGGUGGACAUCUGGGCGGCCGGGGUGAUCACCUAUAUCCUGCUGUGUGGCUUCCCUCCUUUCCGCAGUGAGAAUAACCAGCAGGAGGACCUGUUUGAUCAGAUACUGCAGGGCCAUCUGGAGUUCCCCUCUCCAUACUGGGAUAACAUCACACACUCUGCUAAGGAGCUGAUUGGCCGGAUGCUCCAAGUGAAUGUUGAGGCCAGAUACACAGCCGAAGAUGUACUGUGUCAUCCCUGGGUCACGGAUGACGCUGCUAUGGAAAACAACAUGAAGAUGGAGGUGACGGGGAAACUGAAGAAGCACUUUACCUCUGCUCAGAAGCAGGGCAACACCUCCGCUGGAGUGUCUGUUAUAAUGAACACAGCUCUAGAUAAGGAAAAGCUCCAGCUGUCCCGCCGUGCUCAGGACAACAGCACCGCCCCACCCACCAAAAGCUCUGCCCCGUCCCAGCCUGAAGGGGAAGGAGGGAGGAGACGGAGACGCUCGGGGAGGAGACGGCCCUCAGCCCUGUCCGACGACUCCAAAGCCUCCAGAGCUACUCCGGUUCAGGCUCUCCCCACCCCCGAGUCCUCUGAAACAGCCGGCACACUCCCCUCACCCUCCCCCGCCCCACCCAUCACUCCUCAGUGCAGCGAAGAUGCUAGCUGUGCCCAGGGCUUCCAGAGGGAGGAAUAGCUCUGCUUAAACAACACUGAGAGGAAGGAAGAAAAAACAACUGCACAUGUUCCAUCAAUUUUAAAUCCGCUCCAGCUUUUGGCUCUGGAGCCAUUGAUUUCUUGCAAAUAAGUGUUCACUCCCAAUCCUGUAGGGCCAGCAGCUCCAGCACACCUAUUUAUAAAUAGAGAUGGGCAUAGUUGAGGGAAUUACUAAUCGUAUUUUACUUAACUGGGUACAUAAAUAAGAUAGUUUGAGAAGGAAAAAAAUGUAAGAUCUUGUAUCUUAUGAAACAUGUAAUUACUUAAUAUCAACUGAGCGUACAACAAAGAACCACAGACAUAUCUGUAAAUACUUCAGGUUAUGAAUAUGUCAUUUAUUAUUCUGUAGGCCAACUUGUAGUUGUAGAACAUUCCUUGCUAAAACCACAGUUUAAUAUGUUGGCUGUUGUGUCAUGUAGCAUUCUGUAGCACUGCAUUGUAUCCCUCAGCCUCAUCGGUUUGACAGAAUUUACGAUUGUUUUCAUUUUCAUCAGUGUUCUCUCACUGCAAUACCCAGCAUGCAUUAUGCAUAUCAUACAACCAUUUGGAAUUCCUGCGGUGCUGCACCAAUCCUGAUUGCUAGCAUAGCCACUGACUAGGCUAAUAUAUACAACCAAGCUAGCAUUUACCUAUCUCUUUCCUCGUUUGUCGAACAAAAUUGUAAAGAAAACAUUGAUUUGAUGUUUAUUUAGCACAAAGUAGACUCCCAAGACAGGUUUUUUUGUCUUUUCAGCCAGAAAAAAGAAUCUAAACUGAAGUAAGAUAUCUAGAUGGCCAGGUAGCUAGCUUUAUCCAUUAGCAGAAACAUUAGCUAGCUUCCUUUUACAUUCACCAGCUAACAAAAAAGACUUUUCAAACAGCCUGCCCCCAAAUAUCUACCCCAAAGCAGUUGUAGAUUUUCAAAAGUUUCUCCCAUCUUCAAGAUAGAUCAUCAGACAGGGGUUCUUCCAUUCUUUAAGCUGAAAAAUCACCUGCAGCAGGUAGGCAUGUUUACCACAGAUGUAGCUUUGGUUACAUUUUUUUUAUUUUGGCCUCAGUGCCCCUUUAAAUCAUAUACACCUAAAAUACGAAUACGUCUCUAAAUCAUCCAAAACAUUCAAGUACAUAUCAUCUCUUAAGCUAGCUGUGCUCAAUAAAUGUUUUUUUUUUUUUCCAUAGUGAAGUAAAAUAUUUUCUUGUUGAGAUAUCGAAAUACUAUGACUACUGAUAAGCUAUUAUUACUAUUACUGUCUGCUUAAAAAUGUGCAUUUUUGAAUAGCAGAUGUGGUUACAAUGUCCAUCCUUUUCCACUAAGGGCUGAAUAAAGGGUCAUUUGAAUUAGGUGUACUGGAAAAGGAAAAAACUCUGUGGCCCUACAGGAUUGUGAAUAAACACCCUGGUCAAAAGUCUUUAUUAUGGCUCCCCCUUUUGUUUCCAUUGUCUCCAGCUGUGCUUGGGCCCCUUGUAUCGCUGCUUCCAGGGGGAGAAGGAAGGGUGGGUUUUGUAUGUCUAAUUGAUUGUAUAUAUGUAAAUGUGUGUAUUGAAGGAUGUCCCUCUGCCUGUUUAGCGACCCUUUGUUAGAGUAUUUUGUAUUUGUAUUAUUUAUUGUGGCUUGAUUGGCACAUGAGUGACUGUAUUAAUCAUGAUCAUGAAUAGACAGUGUGUGUAUGCGUGUGGACAGCUGCUGCUGGAUUUGAGACGGACUAGUAGAUGAACGUGAGUGUUUUUUAAAACCUAUCAGCAAACUUGUCCUGUUGAAACUUGAAAGCGAGUUUUAUUUUUUCUGCCGAGUGUAGUUUUGAUGACCAGUUGAUUGACUGACUCUUUUGACUCAGUGACCAUGUACCAUAGGAGAUGAAUUGUUUGCCUUUGAAUGGUGCAAAGGGCUGAAUAUGGAUUUGUUAGGAGGUGGUGCCUCACCCUACAGAAACUUGCUGUAAUUUUGCAGUAGAUUAGUUGCAAUGCCUUCGUGUGACUUCACAUCAAGGUAUUGUUAAAGGGUAGUUUCACCAAUCUUUCAAAAUCUCAAAAUAAUUAAAUUAUUAAGAAGCAAAGUCAGUCAGAGAGCUUUUAAUGUGAAAUGCUUCUUUCUAGAGAAACAUGCCAAGACAAAAUCAUGUUUAUUGCCUCUAAAAGUAACCUCAAAGAAGGCUUUUGUGUGAAAUGUUUAUGAAUAUGCUGCCUGAUGUCUGAGACAUUGCUUACCAGUAGUUUUACAGUAAGGCGCUAACAUAACAUUUCUGUUUUUUUUUAAAUACUUUCAUGGCGAAGAGGUACAUGGAAACUAUUGUAAGAAAAUAUGCAAGAAAGUGUAUUUUUGUGGAUUCACCACGAUUUUACAAUUAUCUACAUAUUAAAACUCAGAAGACAUGUAAAGGUUCAUUUGGGAUAGUAAAUUAAAUGGCAAUAUUUGCAUUGUGACCCCUGGUUUCUACCACCACUGUAAGUAGUUAUUAAGUUUCUCUACAAAGAACCAUUUCACAUCAAACCACUCUGAACAACUUUACAUCUCAAUGAUUAAUUAUGCUAAAAUUUUGAAAAAUUGGUAGAAUUUCUUUCUCAUAGCCCUCUUUUUUUGCUAAUAUAUUUUAAAAAGAUGCAAACUUUGUCCUGUUAGGCUCAUAUAUUACUCUGAGUUGAGAAUGUAUGUUUCCGUUAGUGAGUUCUACAAAAUAUUGGUUUUCUGGAUAAACAAACAAAAACUGCUGCAUGAUUUACUACUAGUAUCUGUUCAUAAAGAUAUAACACACACACAAUAACACGCCUGUAUUAGGGUAACACUUGCAUUUAGCACAGUGUCCUGUGUAUUAGUUCAGCUGUUGUUAAAAUACUUACGCACUGCAAUACAGUUCCAGUUAUUCAUCUUUCAAAACACAAAAGUAUAAUCUCUUUGAAUGAUUUAGCAUGUUCUCAUUUUAGAUUUCUGUGUCAUCUCUGCAGGCUAGACGUCUUGUGUUUUAACUUCAAGUCACUUUACGUUAGGGAGUUGUCAAACGAGUGGAAGGUGAAAUACAAUAAAGUUCUCAUUGUAGUUGUU